AUGGAGAAAUCGCUGUUGAUUGAGAUUCUGCUCAUCUCGCUGGUUGGAAAUUUAGGGGUUUAUGCGUUGUACGGACCAUCGUCACCCGUUGUUCAGCUAAAUCCAAACAAUUUCAAGUCCAAGGUCCUUAAUUCCAACAGUGUAGUUUUAGUCGAGUUUUUUGCACCGUGGUGUGGCCAUUGUCAAGCACUGACGCCCGCGUGGGAGAAGGCGGCCAAUGUCUUGAAGGGUGUAGCUACUGUGGCGGCUCUCGAUGCCGAUGCUCACAAGUCUCUAGCUCAGGAAUAUGGAAUCAGAGGUUUUCCCACAAUUAAGGUCUUUGUACCAGGGAAAGCCCCGGUAGAUUAUCAAGGAGCCAGGGAUGCUAAGCCCAUCGUCGAGUUUGCAUUGAAACAGGUUAAAGCACUGCUUAAAGACCGCCUGGAGGGGAAAUCUGCUGAAGGAUCCAGCAAAAAAUCAGAACCAAGUGCGUCAGUAGAAUUGAACUCGCGUAAUUUUGAUGAGUUGGUUCUCAAAAGCAAGGAUCUCUGGGUUGUGGAGUUUUUUGCUCCUUGGUGUGGACAUUGCAAGAAGCUUGCUCCUGAGUGGAAGAAGGCAGCCAACAGUCUCAAGGGCCAAGUGAAGUUGGGGCAUGUGGACUGUGAUGCAGAAAAAUCCUUGAUGAGCAGGUUCAACGUGCAAGGAUUCCCUACUAUUUUGGUGUUUGGUGCAGACAAAGACAGCCCGUUUCCAUAUGAAGGCGCCAGAUCAGCAUCAGCAAUUGAGUCAUUCGCUUUGGAGCAGCUUGAAGCAAAUGCUGCCCCUCCCGAAGUCACCGAAUUAACCAGUCAAGAUGUUUUGGAAGAGAAGUGUGGUUCGGCUGCAAUAUGCUUUGUUGCCUUCCUUCCCGACAUAUUGGACUCCAAGGCAGAGGGAAGAAACAAGUAUCUCGAGCAGUUGCUAUCAGUUGCAGAGACGUUCAAAAAGAGCCCUUACAGUUACCUUUGGGCAGCUGCCGGUAAGCAGCCUGAUCUUGAGAAGCAUGUUGGAGUUGGUGGCUAUGGAUAUCCAGCUAUGGUGGCCCUAAAUAUAAAGAAGAAAGCUUAUGCCCCUCUCAAGAGCGCAUUUGAGCUUGAACAUAUCAUAGAGUUUGUGAAAGAAGCCGGACGAGGUGGGAAGGGCAAUUUACCUUUAGAGGGCAGCCCUGUAAUUGGGAAGACCGAACCAUGGGACGGUAAAGACGGGCAAAUAAUCGAGGAAGACGAGUUCUCACUGGAUGAACUUAUGGGAGAAGACAGUGUAAGCAAGGAUGAGCUGUAG